GCGAGCCGGGAGGAAAAGCCGAGUUCCGGUGGCUGUGCUAGAUUUGACCUGGUGCCGCCGCCCCUCCAGGGACCCGGCUAGGGUGCUGCGGGAGCCCCUCGAGGAGGCCAGAGGCCAAGCAUGGGGAAGAGCUGUAAGGUGGUCGUGUGUGGCCAGGCAUCUGUGGGCAAAACCUCAAUCCUGGAGCAGCUUCUGUAUGGGAACCAUGUAGUGGGCUCUGAGAUGAUUGAGACACAGGAGGACAUCUACGUGGGCUCCAUCGAGACGGACCGGGGGGUGCGGGAGCAGGUGCGCUUCUACGACACGCGGGGGCUCCGCGACGGGGCCGAGCUGCCCCGACACUGCUUCUCCUGCACCGAUGGCUUUGUCCUGGUCUACAGCACGGACAGCCGGGAGUCCUUCCAGCGUGUCGAGAUGCUCAAGAAGGAGAUUGACAAGUCCAAGGACAAGAAGGAGGUCACCAUCGUGGUCCUUGGCAACAAGUGUGACCUGCAGGAGCAGCGCCGCGUAGACCCGGAUGUGGCGCAGCACUGGGCCAAGUCGGAGAAGGUGAAACUCUGGGAAGUGUCGGUGGCCGACCGCCGCUCCCUGCUGGAGCCCUUCAUCUACCUGGCCAGCAAGAUGACCCAGCCGCAGAGCAAGUCCGCCUUCCCCCUCAGCCGCAAGAACAAGGGCAGCGGCUCCUUGGAUGGCUGAGGGGCUUCCCUUGCCACUCCCCUUCCCA